UUUCACAUCAUUUGGCCCGCAGCUCGCAUCGUGUCGUAAGAGCCGGGCUCAGCCCCCCGUAUUAAGGAGCUCAGUGUGGUUGGUGCGUCCCACUUGCAAGCAGGAUAGCGGACGUCCGGGAGCUCACCCAGCCUGGACCAUCUAAUCCUUCAGUCCUCAACGGGGAGACGGGAUCUGACCAGAGGCUUUACGCUGGGCUUUUCCUUCAUUUGUUUUAAUUCUCAAAGCAAGUUUAAGAAUAUUCACGUUUCAUCUGUAGGUAGAUCGCUCUGAGCCGGCUUGAGGAUGAGGCUCAGGCUGCUUUUGGCGGCUACCGCCGUGCUGGCGGCCCUGCUCGUCCCCGCGCGCUCCCAGGAAACAGUUGACCCCCCGUCGGAAUUGAAGUUUAAGAUUUUAAAUGAGAACACGGUGCAGAUGACGUGGGUGAGCCCAUUCGCUUACAUAGACGGCUACAGGAUCCAGGUCACCUCCGACACAGAGGAACUAGAUAAACAGUUAGAGCUGCCCGCCUCGGCCACUAAGACCUCCAUCACGGAGCUGAUCCCAGACGUGGACUACACCGUCAUCAUCUCCUCGUACGAGGGCGCCCGAGAGAGUCUUCCCCUCACCGGGCGUCUCACAAUUCAGUCGAGUGGAGCCACUGGUGGACCCCCGAGGAAACCCAAGCCCAGCGCCGGCCCCAAAUGCUCAGUGAGCGCCGUGGCCGACGUGGUGUUCGUGGUGGAUGGCUCGGAGAGCGUGGGCCAGGAGAACUUCAAACACCUCCACAGCGUCAUGGCAACGGUGGCCGGGGCGUUCGAGAUUGGCGCCGACAAGACCCGUGUGGCCGUGGUCCAGUACGGCGACGAGGUGGGACCCCAGUUCCCCCUGAGGCAGCACCUGAGCCGCGGGGAGCUCGUCAGGGCCAUCAACUCGAUGCCCUUCAAGGGCGGGAAAGCCAUGACAGGCGCGGCGCUGGACUACGUCCUGGAGCACAGCUUCAGCGAGGCGGGCGGCGCCAGGCCCGGGUUCCCCAAGGUGGCGGUGGUCAUCGGCGCGUCCAAGUCCCAGGACUCGGUGGAGGUCCAGGCCAGGCGGCUGCGCGGCGCAGGGGUGGAGGUCUUCGUCCUGGGGAUCAAAGAGGCAGACGCGGCGGAGAUGACGCUAAUGGCUUCCACCCCGCACAGCACCCACGUCUACUCCGUGCUCGACUUUGAGCAGAUCAAGAGGGUCCACAAAGCGCUCGUUACCCAAGUGUGCGCCGGCGUGGACGACCAGCUCAGCUCCCUCGUCAGCGGCGAGGAAGUGGUGGAACCGGCCAACAACCUUCAGGUGCUGGAGUUCGCCUCCAAGUCCAUGCGCCUGACGUGGGACCCGUCCUUCGGAGACGUGUCCGGGUACAAGAUCCAGGUGGUCCCCAUGAUGUCCGGGCCCAAGCGCCAGGAGCUGUACGUGGGCCACGCCCAGACCUCCCUACUGGUCCGCGACCUGGCCCCCGACACCGCGUACCAGAUCAGCUUGUUCGCCCUCAACGGCCUCACGCCCAGCGAGGCCGUCACCGUCAUGGGCAAGACCGAGUCCGUCCAGGUGUCCUUAGAGUGCUCCCUGGGCGUGGACGUGCAGGCGGACGUGGUCCUGUUGGUGGACGGCUCCUACAGCAUCGGCCUGGCCAACUUCGCCAAGGUGCGCGCCUUCCUGGAGGUGCUGGUGAAGAGCUUCGACAUCGGCCCCGGCAAGGUGCAGAUCAGCCUGGUGCAGUACAGCCGCGACCCGCACACCGAGUUCCACCUCAACACGCACCACGACCUGGACCGGGUCGUGGCCGCCGUGCGCAGCUUCCCCUACCGCGGCGGCUCCACCAACACGGGCCGCGCCAUGACCUACGUCCGGGAGAAGAUCUUCCUGCCGACCCGCGGCGCCAGGGCCAGCGUGCCGAGGAUCGCUAUCCUCAUCACGGACGGGAAGUCCUCGGACGCCUUCAAGGAGCCGGCCACGCGGCUCCGGAGCGCCGACGUGGAGAUCUUCGCGGUGGGCGUGAAGGAGGCGGUGCGGUCGGAGCUGGUGGCCAUCGCCAACACGCCGGCCGACACGCACGUGUACACGGUGGACGACUUCGACGCCUUCCAGAGGAUCUCCAAGGAGCUCACGCAGUCCAUCUGCCUGCGCAUCGAGCAGGAGCUGCGCAACAUCCAGAAGAGAAAGCUGCUGCCCCCCCGGUCCCUCUCAUUCUCCGAGGUGGGCUCCAGGAGCUUCCGGGCCUCGUGGGCCACGGACACGCCCAGCGUCCAGUCCUACCUGGUCCAGUUCCGGCCCGCCGACGACACCGACGGCCACUUCGUGUCGGUGUCCGUCCCGGGGGACACCCGGACCAGCCUGCUCCCACACCUCAGCCCCGCCACCCGCUACGAGGUCCACGUCCUGGCGCAGUACGACCAGGGCGACAGCUUCCCCGUGUCGGAGUACGAGACCACACUGGAAGAACAAGGACCGGUCCGUGGGCUGCGGGUCUCCGAGGAGACAACGGACAGCUUCCGGGUGUCAUGGUUACCGGCGCCGGGCGCCGUGCUCCGCUACCGGCUGUCCUACGAGCCGACACGGGGGGACAACGCCCGCCUGGAGACCACCGUACCCAGGGGGGGCGAGACCACCAGCGUGCUGCAGCGCCUGCUGCCCCGGACCACCUACCGCGUGACGGUGACCCCCGAGUACGCGGCCGGGGACGGGCCGGAGGGGCAGACCCAGGGGACCACCAAGGAGGCCAGAGGCUCCCCCCGGGACCUGCGGGUGUCCGACGAGACCGCGACCACCAUGAGGCUGGGCUGGGCCCCGGCGCCGGGGAGCGUGGCCCAGUACCGGGUGUCCUUCCGGCCGCUGGCGGGGGGCCCCCGCAAGGAGGUGUCGGUGAAGGGCGAGAACACGGGCCUGGUCCUCAAGAACCUGCAGCCCGGGACGCAGUACGAGCUGUCGGUCCGAGCCCGCUACCGCGCGGGCCUGGGAGACCCCCUGGAGGGCAGCGGGACCACCCUGCCAGAGCUGACCCCCCCCCGGGACCUGGUCACCGACGACGUGACCCCAACCAGCUUCUCCGCCUCCUGGACCCCCGCCCCGGGUCCGGUCCAGGAGUACCGCGUGCUCUGGAAGUCCCUGGUGUCCCAGGAGGCCGGAGAGAAGACGGUCCCCGGGGACCAGAGCCGGAUCCCCCUGGAGGAGCUGACCCCCGAGACCCUGUACCAGGUGUCGGUGGUGGCGGUGUACCCCCACGGCCAGAGCCCCGCCCUCCUGGGACAGGAGACCACCGACGCCUCGGCGGCGGGCAAGGCGCUGGUGGUGACGGAGGAGACAGAGAGCACCAUGCGCGUGACGUGGACCCCCGCUCCGGGGAAGGUGUCCCACUACCGGCUGAGGCACGUCUCCCAGGGGCCGGGGGGCCGCGAGGUGGCCCUGAAGAUCCCGGGGUCGCUGAGCUCCACGGUGAUGAAGAGGCUCCAGCCCAUGACCACCUACGACAUCAAGGUCCACCCCAUGUACCGCCACGGGGAAGGAAAAGCAAGGCAAGGAGUAGGAACAACACUCUCCCCCUACAAGGCCCCCAGGAACCUGCAGACCUCGGAGCCGACCAAGACCAGCUUCAGGGUCUCCUGGGACCACGCCCCCGGGGACGUCAAGGGCUACAAGGUGACCUUCCACCCCAUCGGCGACCAGGUGGACCUGGGCGUGAUGCUGGUCGGUCCCCAUGACAACACCAUCGUGCUGGAGGAGCUGAGGGCCGGGACGGAGUACUCUGUGGCUGUCUCGGGGGUCUUCGAUAAUGGAGUGAGUCUGCCUCUCGCAGGAGAGGAGAAGACCACCCUGGUGGAAGACUCCGAGACACCUUCCCUCCCCCCGGCUAUCUCUGAGGCGGUGUGUAAGACCACGGCCAGGGCGGACAUCAUCCUGCUGGUGGACGGGUCCUGGAGCAUCGGCCGGCUCAACUUCAAGACCAUCCGCUCCUUCAUCAGCCGCAUGGUGGGCGUGUUCGACAUCGGGCCCGAGAGGGUCCAGAUCGGUGUGGCUCAGUACAGUGGAGACCCCAAGACGAUGUGGCACCUCAACGAGCACCCCACCCGCGACGGCCUCAUGAAGGCCGUGGCCAACCUGCCCUACAAGGGAGGGAACACUAUGACCGGCAUGGCGCUGAACUUCAUCCUGAAGAACAACUUCCAGGUCAACAAUGGGAUGCGUCCGGAGGCGCGCAAGAUCGGCGUGCUCAUCACGGACGGAAAGUCCCAGGACGAGAUCAUCUUCAGCUCCAAGGAGCUCCGCGACCAGGGCAUCGAGCUCUACGCCGUCGGCGUGAAGAACGCGGACGUGAACGAGCUGCGGUCCAUCGCCUCCGAGCCGGAGGUCAUCCACAUGUACAACGUCAAGGACUUCUCCUUCCUGCUGGACAUCGUGGACGACCUGUCGAACAACAUCUGCAACAGCGUCAAGGGUCCAGCGGUGGACCUGGGCCCGCCCAGCGACCUGGUGACCUCCGAGGCCACCCACUACUCGUUCCGGGCCAGCUGGACCGCACCCGAGGGCGAGGUGGACGCAUACCGCGUGUUGUACCAGCCCACCGCUGGGGGUCCCUCUCUGGAGGUGACGGUGGACCAGACCUCCACCGUGCUGGUCGGGCUGACCCCGCUGACGGAGUACAGCGUGAGCGUGUACGCCGUGCGCAGCGAGGUCAACAGCGAGCCGCUGACGGGAACCGAGACCACCCGACCCUGGGGGCAGAUGGAGGUCAACGGUGACAUCACCUCCCUCGACCUGGGCAGCCUGAUGUCCCAGAGCGAGUACGACGUGGCGGUGACCCCCGUGUACGACCAAGGCCCCGACCCCAUGCUGGGACAGGCCAUCACAGAUGUGGUCCCGGCCCCCAAGGACCUGAGGACCUCAGAGGUGACCCAGACCUCCUUCAGGGUGACCUGGGCUGUAGGGGCCCCGGACGUGGCCAUGUACCGGCUCGGCUGGGCCAAGAAGGGGAACCCCAACUACGAACACGCCAUCCUGAGCAAUGAUGACACCACUCAUGUCCUGGAGGGUUUGGACAUCGACACAGACUAUGACGUCACCGUCACCGCCAUCUACCCCGACGAAUCAGAGAGCGAGGACCUGAUUGGCCACGAGCGCACCUUGCUGAAGGCGCCAGCUGUGUCGUCCGGCCCGCCCACCAACCUGGUGGUCAUCAACGCCACCACCACCUCCCUGACCCCCAAGUGGGGGCAUGCCCCAGGGCCCGUCCAGAACUACAAGAUCACCUACCAGCCCAGCGCCGGGGGCAAGACCCUCACCACCCAGGUGGGAGGCAAGAAGACCUCGGCGGUGCUCCAGAAGCUGAGCCCCGACACACCCUACACCAUCACUGUGGCCGCGGUGUAUGCCAACGGAGACAGCAAAGACAUCUCCGGCCAGGGGAAGACCGAACCUCUGGGCGGUGUGAGGAACCUGCAGGUCCUGAACCCCACCAUGUCCACCCUGAACGUACGCUGGGAGCCGGCCAACGGAAAGGUCAAGGAGUACAAGGUUCUGUACACCCCUGCUGCCGGAGGAGCUGAGAGCGUGGAAAAGGUCUCCAGUUCAGCCACCACCACGGUUCUGAAGGGCCUGCAGCCUGACACCAUCUACACCAUCACCCUGGUACCGGUCUACGCCGAAGGAGACGGCAAGAGGAUGUCAGAUGACGGGAAAACAAAACCUCUGGGCGGGGGGAGGAACCUGCAGGUCCUGAACCCCUCCAUGACCACGCUGGAGGUGCGCUGGGAGCCGGCCGAGGGGAGGGUCACGGAGUACAAGGUGGUCUACGCCCCGGCGGCGGGAGGCCCCAAGAGCACGGACAAAGUUACGGCAAAGUCCACCACCACCGUGCUGAAAGGCCUGACCCCCGACACCCUGUACAGCGUGACUCUGGUCCCGGUCUACAGCGAGGGCGACGGGAACGGCAUGUCAGAGACCGGGAAAACGAAACCUCUGGGCGGUGUGAAGAACCUCGUGGUGGUGAACCCCACCAUGUCCACCCUGAACGUGCGCUGGGAGCUGGCCGAGGGAAAGGUCAAGGAGUACAAGGUUCUGUACACCCCUGCUGCCGGAGGAGCUGAGAGCAUGGAAAUGGUCUCCGGGACGGCCACCAGCACCGUGCUGAGGAGCCUCCAGCCGGACACCGUCUACACCGUCACGCUGGUGCCCGUGUACGCGGUCGGAGACGGAGCCAGGAUGACGGAGAACGGCAAGACAAGACCCCUGGGUGGCGUGAGGAACCUCAGGGUGACCGACCCCACCAUGACCUCUCUGAAGGUGAACUGGGAGCCCGCCGACGGGGCGGUCCGCCAGUACAAGAUCUUCUUCAUCCCAGUGGACGGAGGGACGGAGGACAUGGAAGUGGUCCCGGUGGGCACCACCUCCAUCGUGCUGAGGAACCUGAAGCCGGAGACGCAGUACGCUGUGUCGGUGCAGCCGGUUUACCCCGCCCGCGAGGGUCGGCGGCAGACCGAGAACGGGAUGACCUUGCCCUUGGCCGGUCUGAACGACCUGCAGGUGAAGAGCCCCACCAUCACCACCCUGACGGCAGAGUGGACGGCGGCCGACGGGAACGUCCAGGGGUACAGGGUCACCUACGUCCCCAGCAGCGGGGGGCUGGAGAUCACGCAAGAGGUGUCGGAGAGCACCACCAAGAUGCUGCUGGACAAGCUGCUCCCGGACACCCAGUACACCGUCACCGUGGUGCCCGUCUACGCCGAGGGAGACGGACCCAGCCUCACCGACAACGGCAAGACCAAGCCGCUGGGCUUCGCCCGUAACCUGCAGGUCACGGACCCCACCACCAGCACCCUGAACGUGCGCUGGGACGCGGCCGAGGGCAACGUGCGCGAGUACAUCGUCAUCUGGGUGCCCGCCGUGGGCGGGGGCGAACAGGAAGUGGACCAGGUCUCUGGGACCACCACCUCCAUGGUCCUGAAGAGCCUGGAGCCGGACACCGAGUACACGGUCACCGUGGUCCCCGUCUACCACGAGAUGGAGGGCAAGUCCCAGUCCAAGAACGGCAGGACCACUCCAAAGGGUGGGGUUAAGAACCUGAAGGUGGUGGACCCCACCCUCAGCACCCUGACGGCCCGCUGGGAGCCGGCCCCUGGGAACGUGAGGAACUACAAGGUCUUCUACAGCGUCAGUCCCGGCGGAGAGCCCAAACUGGAGACGGUCUCCGGGGGAACCAGCAGCGUGGUCCUGAGGGGCCUCAGCUCGGACACACUCUACGACGUGGCGGUGGUCCCCGUGUACCCCGACGUGGACGGAGUGCGGCAGGCGGAGACGGGGAAGACCAAGCCCCUGAGCGGAGUGAAGAACCUGCAGGUGACGGACCCCACGGUCAGCUCUCUGAGGGUCCGCUGGGAGCCCGCCGAGGGCGACGUCCGGCAGUACAACGUCAUCUACGCCCCGACGGCCGGGGGUCCCGACGCCAUGACCCAGGUGUCCGGUAUGUCCACCAACACGGUGCUGAGGGGCCUGACGCCGGAGACGGAGUACACGGUGUCCGUGGUGCCCGUCUACGCCGACCUGGAGGGGAAACGCCAGUCGGAGAACGGGAAGACAAAGCCGCUGGGAGGGGUGAAGGACCUGACGGUCACCGACCCCACCACCAGCUCGCUGAGGGUGCGCUGGGAGCCGGCCGAGGGGAACGUCCGCCACUACCGCCUCUUCUACGUCCCCGAUGUGGGCGGAGCCGAGGACAUGGAGCAGGUGUCGGGCGGCACCACCAACGUGGUCCUGAGGAACCUGCUGUCGGACAUGCCCUACACGGUCACCGUGGUGCCGGUGUACCCCGAGGGGGAGGGGCUCCGGCAGGCGGAGAAGGGGACGACGCUGCCGCGGACGGCCCCCAGGAACCUGCAGCUGUACCACCCCACCCCCAGCAGCCUGAACGCCCGCUGGGAGCCCGCCAGCGGCCAGGUGCAGCAGUACCGCGUCACCUACACCCCCCUGGACGGAUCCAAGCCCGCCGCCUCGCUGUUGACCCCGGGGGGGACCCCCACCGCCCUGCUGGACGGCCUGCUGGCGGACACCCCCUACAGCGUGGAGGUGGUGCCGCUGUACGCAGACGGAGUCGGCCCCGGCAUCACGGCCGACGGGAAGACACUGCCCCGCGCGGGCCCCAGGAACAUGCGCGUGUUCGACGCCACCACCAACACCCUGACCAUCGGCUGGGACCACGCCGAGGGCCCCGUCAGCCAGUACAAGAUCUCCUACGCCCCGCUGACCGGAGACCCCAUCACCGAGCUCGCCUUCGUCCCCGGCAACAGGAACAACGCGCUGCUGCAGAACCUGUUCCCGGACACGCCCUACAACAUCACGGUGGAGGCCGUCUACAACGAGGGGCCGGGGGGGUCACUCAACGGGAACGGACGCACAGUGGGUCUGGUGGAGCCCAGGAACCUGCGAGUGUCUGACGAGUGGUACACCCGCUUCCGCGUGGCCUGGGACCCCGUGGCCACCCCCGUGCUGGGGUACAAGCUGGUCUACGCCCCCACAGGUCGGCCCCAGGACUCCAGGGAGGUGUUCGUGGGGGACGUCACGUCCUACUCUCCCCACAACCUGCAGACGGGGACCACCUACGACGUGAAGGUGUUCGCCCAGUACGGCGGAGGCGUCAGCCGGGCGCUGGAGGGGCAGGGCACCACGCUGUACCUGAACGUGACGGGCCUGGAGACGGAGUUCAUCGGACACGACAAAUACUGCAUCAAGUGGACGGCCCACCGCGCCGCCACCAACUACCGCGUCAUGGUGGCGCCCGUCGACUCGUUCAACCAGGGGAAGCAGGAGAUCACCUUCCCCGCCGGGCAGCCCCGCUACUGCUUCGAGGGUCUCUCCCAGGACGCGCUCUACACCGCCACCGUGUUCGUGCAGACCCCCAACCUGGAGGGGCCCGGCGUCAGCGGCAAGGAGAGGACACUGUUGAAACCGACCCCGGUGCCUACACAACCCCCCACGCCCCCCCCUCCGCCGACCAUACCCCCGGCAUGGGCAGUGUGCAAAGGGGCCAAGGCCGACGUGGUGUUCCUGAUCGAUGGCUCCUGGAGCAUCGGCGAGGACAGCUUCAGGAAGGUCAUCGGAUUCGUCUCCAACCUGACCGGCGCCUUCGACAUCAUCGGACCGUCCGGGAUUCAGGUGUCCUUCGUGCAGUACAGCGACAGCGCCAAGACCGAGUUCAGGCUCAACGCCUACCAGGACAAGGGCACCGUGCUGUCGGCCUAUCAGCUGCUCCCAUACCGAGGAGGGAACACCAAAACAGGUGUGGCCCUGGCGCACACCUACGAGAAGGCCUUCAGCGUGGCCAACGGCAUGAGGAGGAACGUCCCGAAGAUCGUGGUGACGGUGACGGACGGCCGCUCGCAGGACGAGGUGAAGAAGAGCGCGCAGCAGCUGCAGCACGCGGGCUACACGGUGUUCGUGGUGGGCGUGGCCGACGUGGACUUCAGCGAGCUGCAGAGCAUUGGCAGUAAGCCCAGCGAGAGGCACAUCUUCGUGGUGGACGGCUUCGACGACUUCGAGAACAUCAGGGAGAACCUCGUCACCUUCAUCUGCGAGACCGCCACCUCAUCGUGUCCCUUAAUUUUCCUUAAUGGAUUCACCUCACCCGGCUUCCGGAUGCUGGAGGCCUUCAACCUGACAGAGAAGACCUACAGCUCCAUCAGGGGGGUGUCCAUGGAGCCCGGCUCCUUCAACAGCUACACCGCCUACCGCCUCCACAAGAACGCCUUCCUGAGCCAGCCGUCCACGGAGAUCCACCCGGACGGACUUCCCCACUCCUACACCAUCCUGCUGACGUUCCGCCUGCUCCUGACCCCCGACGAGGCCUUCGACAUCUGGCAGGUGUCCAGCAAGGACCACAAGCCCGAGACCGGAGUCACCGUCGACCCCACUGCCCAAACCGUGUCGUUUUACAACAAGGACGAGAGAGGGGAGAUCCAGAGGGUCGUCUUCGACAGCGCCCCAAUCAAGUCAAUCUUCCACGGGAGUUUCCAUAAGGUAACCAAUCAGAGCACCCUAAAGGCCAUCUUCCGCCCCCCUCCCCCAAACACCAUGCUAGCGCGAUCAUCAGAGCAGUCAGAAGGCACACACAUUAUUUCACAUUUCAGAGCUGAUCUCCCGCCAAGAGUCGGCCAGGGAGGGCAGUCCCUGGCAGGAAUGAGGAGCAUGUGUUUCUCUACCUUCUCCCCGCGAUACUGCUUUACAGUAUCGCGGGGAGCAGAGCUACAGACAGUGUGGGUCCAUUAUACUGACGGCGCCCUCUUCUUCUUCUUCUUCCCCCAGAGGGAGGAGGCCAAGUGUCCCGCUCUGCCCAACGCCUGCACCUGCGCCUCGGACAGCUCCAGCACCGGGGAGCAGGGACCCAUCGGCCCGGUGGGUGCCCCGGGAUCCAAGGGUCUCCGAGGGGAGCGCGGAGAGACCGGAAUAGCUGGGCCUUUGGGCCACCCUGGGGUGAUGGGGCUCCCCGGACCACUGGGUCUACCCGGGCCCCAGGGCCCCAGCGGCAUGUCCCUCCCAGGAGAAGCUGGCCGACCAGGACCUAAGGGAGAUCCUGGUGACUCAGGCCUUCCUGGGAUGAAGGGUCUCCCCGGUACCUCUGGGCCCCCGGGCCCCAUCGGACCGGCUGGGAUCAGGGGACCCCCGGGUAAAGAGGGCGUGACCGGACCCAGGGGCCCCGCAGGGCCCAUGGGAGCUCCCGGAUCUCCCGGCGGUCCGGGACACGCGGGCCAACCAGGAAAACCCGGAGACAACGGCGUUCCGGGCGCGUCCGGCGUGAAGGGAGACAAGGGAGAGAGGGGCGACUUCGCUCCCCAGAACAUGAUGCGCUCCAUCGCCAGGCAGGUCUGUGAGCAGCUGGUCAACGCACAAAUGUCCCGCGUCAGCUCCAUGAUCAACCAGAUCCCCAGCGGUUACCGUGGCAGCAGCACCCCGGGGCCAACCGGACCCCCGGGGCCCCCCGGAGGUCAGGGCACCCGCGGAGAGCCCGGCCAGACGGGGAGGAACGGUUUCCCCGGCGGCCCAGGGUUACCCGGGCAACUGGGGGAGAGAGGUGCGGCGGGCGAGAAGGGCGAGCGAGGCCCGGCAGGUGUGGGCCAGAGAGGACAGAGAGGUCCCCAAGGUCCGCCCGGUGAGAGCCGGACCGGGGCCACGGGGCCCCCAGGCAGCGCCGGGCCCCGCGGGCCUCCCGGCCGCCAGGGCCACGCCGGGGUGAGGGGCCCCCCAGGGCCGGCGGGGUACUGCGACUCGUCCCAGUGCGUGGGCAUCCCCUACAACGGACAAGGAUACAGAGACCAACGCCCGGCCCAGCCCAUCAGCUACCGGGUGCCCGUCCACGAGGAAGAGGAGGAGCUCUCACACAACCUGCGGCUGAAGAGGUCUCUAUCGCGGACGCCGUCUAAGAGGCGAGCGUCCUAAGUCCGGCCCGCCGCUCGGAGUUCCUUGUUUUGUCGUGUUGCUCCAUGUGUUCCAACCUGUGGUCGAUGUAUCUGUUACGUAAUCGCUAUCAUAAGCUGCAUUCCUUCGUAUGUUCACCCACCACAAACAACAGGGUUUGAUACCUUGCCCGUAUUUUCCGGGAACGCGAUUUUGAUGCCUUGAGGAAUCUCAGGGGGUCGUUUUGGUUUGAGCUCCCGUGGUUUUGGAGGAGGGGCUUAAGAGGGAGGGGGGCGGGGUCGGGGGAGGGGGCGGAGCCAAACACUUUUCUUGGACUGAAAGUCAAUUGGGCGAAAACGUCUACAAUAAUUGGUUUAGUUUCUAAUUGGCCGUUUAAUCAACUCAUCCCGGGUUUAUCAACGAGCAGUGCUGGGUCCUGCAGGCUUCAUCACAAAGCGAACAGGAAGAAGAGGGGAAACGACUACCUGCUCCACAGGAAGUGGUCGUUGGCGAGAGAGAGAUGUUAUGAAAUGUUAUUUGUAAGUUGCCAUGACGAUAAGUCCAAAAUAUAAAAGCCAGACUUGUGGUUUCUUUCUAUUUCUUUAACUUAUAUAGCCUUUUCUGUUCAGAGUGCCUUUACAGAGAUUCACUUCCAGUAGGACAAGUUACACACCGCAUAGAUUUUGUAUCUCGAAUAUUUAUCAUUUUCUUUUUUUUUUACGCCGUCAAAACACAUUACGGAAAGGUGGAAUUUGCAUGUCUGUGGUGUAUAUUUAGUGUUACCGUCGACCUCUCCUUCUAACCAGAAGAGAGUUGUUGCCGUUUAUUUCAAAUAUCAAAAUGCAGAGGGAAGCUGCUUGCAAGACUAUGGAUAUGGAAUUGCUGCUUGGUUUUGAACUGCAGAUUGUGAACCCCACAGCCUUAUUUUCUUAUUUAUUUCUGAAACAGAAGAGGCAUUUUUCAAUAAAACUACUGAAAAUCAA